CACUGCUGUUCUCGUCUCGGCUGGUCGCCAUAUUAAACCUGACGGAAUCAGCGACGCUCCGCGGUUGGGAUCGCGAGGGGCCCCUCUCCAAAACAAAUCCCGAUUUACACCUCCAUUCCCCUUAUUCACCCCGGGAAUCAUUUAUGCAUCGGACUGAAUAAGCCAGUCUGUUCUCAGACAGGAGUUGUCUGGGAAGGAGAUUUAGUUCUAGUGUGUUUGAGAGAUGAGUACUUUGACCCAGCGGAGCUCCGGCCUGGUGCAAAGACGCACCGAGGCUUCGCGCAGCGCUGCAGCCGCAGACCGAGACCGCGGAUCCGGCGACGAGGACUACGAGCCCCGCCGUGGAGACGAGCAGGACGACGAUGACAGCGGUGACUCCAAGGAAACCAGACUGACCCUGAUGGAGGAAGUUCUGCUGCUGGGCUUGAAAGACCGCGAGGGCUACACCUCCUUCUGGAAUGACUGCAUUUCAUCAGGCCUGCGGGGCUGCAUGCUCAUUGAGCUGGCCUUGCGAGGGAGACUGCAGCUGGAGGCCUGUGGCAUGAGGAGGAAAAGCCUGCUUGCUCGGAAGGUUAUAUGUAAGUCUGAUGCUCCAACAGGAGAUGUGCUUUUGGAUGAGGCUCUGAAACACAUAAAAGACACACAGCCGCCCGAAACCGUACAGGGCUGGAUUGAGUUACUUAGUGGCGAGACAUGGAACCCACUGAAGCUUCACUAUCAGCUGCGUAACGUCCGAGAGCGCCUGGCGAAGAACCUUGUAGAGAAGGGCGUCCUCACCACCGAGAAACAAAACUUUCUUCUGUUCGACAUGACUACACACCCACUUACCAAUAAUAAUAUUAAGCAGCGCCUUAUUAAGAAGGUGCAGGAGGCCGUGCUGGACAAGUGGGUGAACGACCCUCACCGAAUGGACAAACGUAUUCUAGCCCUUAUAUUCCUCGCCCAUUCCUCUGAUGUACUAGAGAACGCGUUCGCCCCGCUGCUGGAUGACCAGUAUGAUCUGGCCAUGAAGAGAGUACGGCAGCUGCUGGACCUGGAGCCUGAGAGUGAGAGCAUGAAGAACAACACCAAUGAGCUGCUGUGGGCUGUGGUGGCUGCCUUCACCAAAUGAAGCAGGUUCAGUUCUGAUGGACGUGAGAUCAAAUGUAAAACUGUUGGACUGGUAAAAUCAGCUUUGAGUUGGAUUGACCUGGUGUGUCAGAAUGGAGUCUCAGUUUUCUUUCCUUGUAGAUAUUCCUUCCUCGCUACUCUCUGCAAGAUCUAUCAUUGGGUGUCUCUUUUGUUUGGUAAGGGGACCAGUUUAUUUUCUCCUUCUUGAAUCGUUUGUUCAGUUGAAUGCAAUUGGGUACCUUCUCAGCGUAGACUGUUGGAACAUUACCAUUCGCGUCAAAGUUGCACAAAAUGGCUUGUUUUUUAUUCCUUUCUUGUCUGGACAUCUGUGUUGGGUACCUAAUAGAGUUGUCAAUCAGAUUUUUACAUUUUGUUAUCAGUUUCAUGCAUUUAAUUGGACUCAACAGAUGCUCAAGAAAAUAAAGUACACUGCAGUGUGUCAUAAUUUUUCAUUCAAUUUGUUUUCAUACUAAUAAUAGAGCCUAAAAAUAAACCAAAAGGGUUAUCAAGGGCAAAAUCCUGUUAUGAUAAUAACAGAUUAAACCUUAUUUUAAUGGCUAGUUUAAAUGCAAAUUUAGGGAAGGCUGUUAGAGGACCUGUUCAGGAUUUACUAGGUGUAUUAUGAGCGUUUAAAAAGAAUUACUUACUACCAUUCCCUCCGAUUUCCUUGAUUCUCUACGUUCUGUCUGUAAACACCCCACAACUUCGAACUCUACCUCUUCACACAUUUCUUGUCGUGAUUUCUCAUGAGCAUUCUGUUGUGUUACUUAGAGAUUGAUUUAAAAUGUACUUUUAUGUGCCUGAGAUUGGUUACAGGAUGCGUAUAUGCGUAUGCGUAUGCGUACUCAAGGUGCAGUAUGUACUGUAGCUCUUUGUGACGUGGCAUUAAUUGAGCUAGAUUCAGAAAUUGGCUGUAACUCAGUUCCUCGGAGGCCUUCUACCCUUUGCAUAUACCUACCAGAAACUAAAUUUGAGGACCACAAGAGUUUAACUCUAAGAAAUCUAUGUCCUCCCUGAAAAUAAACAUACAGUACAUUUAGCAUACAGCUUCAUUUUCUUUAGAUAUUAUGCCACUGAUAUAUAGAAGUCUGCGCACGUCCUCAAGGUUUUAAGGGAUGUUUUAUGGUGGAAUCUUGAAUAAGAUUUUCAUUUAAUAUACUCUCACCUUUUAAUGGGUUUUAAAAGAAAUCAUAACCUUCAAUGCGACUUUUAUAAGAGCAGAUUCCAUUUUCUUGAGUCAGUAUAUUUUUGAUAAUAUUUUAUUAUCAUUAGCUGAUUGCGGUAGUAUGGUAGGAUGGAUUGGCAUUCUGUCACAAUCUAGUUUAAUCUGUAUAUGGUUUCUUGUGUAUUCAUGCUGCAUACCAUAUGAGCAAACUCUGUAUCAAUCUUCAUUUUGCCUGGCAUAUUAACACUAGCACAAGCAUGACUUAAUUUAGUUUUUUACACUAUGAAGUUGUGU